GAAAAGAUCAACAUUAACAUGUCUCUUCUUUUAUUCCCUUCAAUCUUCUGUUCUCUUCCAGCCUGUAAUGACGAGUUCUGAGAGGCUCCCCAUCUCGAAUUCAUGCUCCAUUUGACAACUCUUUCUAUGCCCUUUUUAUUUUUUUUUUGAUAAAGAAUGUAGUUAUUGAUGCAAAGUAAAUUUCUUAUUUUAUGAUUUGUCUAUUGGUACCUUUGGUAGUUGACGAGUAGUGCUGCAAGGACAAGGAAAAGGGGAGAUCUGAGGAGCAGUUUCUUCUUUCCUCAUUCCUCUCUCCUACCCUAGAACAAGAAAUGAUCCUUGAUCCCUUCUAAAAUUCAGACGCAGGAAAUAUAAAUUCAGUGACAAAUUUUCAUCCAAAAUUGACAUUAAUGGCUCCAAGAACUAGUACUGUUAUAACCUGGAGAUAUCAGCAGCUCUUUGUUGUACUAUCUUCAGUAAUCCUGGAAUGGGUUUUGAUGCUUCUUCUGCUUUUUGAGGGGCUACUAUCCUAUCUCGUUACGACAUUCGCAAGCCUUUGCAAGCUCCACCCUCCAUGCCCAAUGUGCACAAGGCUAGAUCAUGUCUUUGGCAUGGCGCAACCAGGCUUCUACCGUGACCUUAUGUGCAAUUCUCACAAGGCAGAAGCAUCAUCAUGGGCAUUCUGCCACAUUCACCAAAAGCUUGUAGAUGUCCACAGCAUGUGUGAGUCCUGCCUUCUUUCAUUUGCCACCAACAAGAAGUCGAACCUUGCGACAUACCGGUCCCUGGCGGGGAAGCUCGGUGUCGGCAUCGGCAAUGAAGGUUUCAGGCCUAGCUUCAGUUUGGACAAUUCAUCUGAAGCAUCAGUUAUCAAGGAAGAUAUUACUAAUAUUUUGUGUUCAUGUUGCUCAAGCCCAUUGAAAGUGAAAUCAUAUCCUUCUAUGGUUCUUCAGAACAUAGCUAGUGCCAUUGACACUGAGGUGAAUACUAGACAUGUCUCAAGAGAUCAGCUUAUUGAGGAGAUCAGUCUUGUCAGGUAUAGUGAGCUGAAGACUUCUGACUCUGAAUCAGAGCCCUGGCAACAUGGUGGUGUUGCUAGCUUGCUGGAUGAUGCAGUUGAUAAUUUGAAGGAAGAUUUUACUUUGAGCCAUCCAAAAACAAAAUUUGCAGGUGUUAUUCCUACAGAUGACAUUGCACAGGAUCAAGUGGCUAAGAACUCUGACUUGAUACAACUCCAGAAUGGUGGUUCUGACAGUAAGAAUUCUCAAGUUUCAGCAGAGUUGUACCACUUCAGAGCUGAUGGCAAUGCAGAUCUUCAGUCAACUGACUUUUCCAGCAAAACUGUUCAGCAUCCUACCGAAGAUUCAGACACAACAGUAGAUAAAUCUGAAGAUGAUGUUUGGCACAAUGCUCUUGAUUCCAUCAGUGAAUUAUCAGUGACUGAUAAGCCUGCCGAAACCAGUACCGCGGAGAAUGAACCGAAAGCUGAAUUUACCGAUAGAACUGCAAUGAAGGAUUCUUUCAAAGCUCAUGAAGAUCUGCAGUUACUGUUGUCACAAGUUUCUCCAAAUGAUGCCAUCAAUAUCCCUGGUGUACAAGAGCAAGCCAUACUGAACAAUAUCACUAGAGCACUCUCUCUUGACAGGAAUUAUUCAGGUAGUAUUUCUGAGAGCAUGGCCAUUGAUGAAGCUGAAGAACAUUGUACAGUUGAUCAACUGAAGAAGCAAAUCGAAUUGGACCGGAAGUCGAUAAGUCUUCUCUGGAAAGAGCUAGAAGAAGAGAGGAAUGCUUCAGCCAUUGCCACAAACCAAACCAUGUCCAUGAUCACCAGGCUACAAGAAGAGAAAGCAGCAAUGCAGAUGGAAACCUUGCAGUAUCAGAGGAUGAUGGAAGAGCAAAGCCAGUACGACCGUGAGGAUCUUCAGAAGAUGGCUGCCAUGGUGCAAGAGCUCGAAGCCGAGAUCGAAGGCUACAAGACCAAGCUGAGAGACCAAUCGCUCGUUAACGAGAUACGCGACGCGAUGCGCAUUUCACGUUCAGAGGAAUGUGAGACUAGCAUGUCAAGAACAGCUCGAUCGCUCUCAUUGUUCGAAGACGAGAAGGCGUAUAUAUCAAAACACCUGAAGAAACUAAGACAGAAUCUCCACCAAUUCUCAAACAACGGCAAGUUCAUCGACCCGAAAAAGAUUGACGACAAAGAAGACACAUUUGAUGUCACAAACAGUGAGGAUGUAUACCAAGAUGCUGAUGAAGAUUCAGAAAUGACCAAUUCAGAGAAUUCAGAGAUGACCAAUGUGAUAAGAAAUGGUCGCAACUUCAGGUACUUAUCUAAUGGUACAGAGGGAUUGACAAAUGGUAAAGAUGAUCCUGAGGGUCAGUACUAUGCAAUGGUCAGUGAGAAUGACUUGGUUAAUUUUGAAGAUGAGAUCUCUGAACUCACUGCAAAGCUGAAGGCACUGGAAGAAGAUCGUAGCUUCCUAGAGCACAGCAUAAACUCGCUGAGAAAUGGCCAAGAAGGCAAGGAGCUGAUCCAUGGCAUCGCUUGCAGCCUCAGAGAGCUCCGGAAGAUGGGGAUCACUUGGAAGGAUUGUGAUUAGCUGAAGCUUCAUCAGAGGAUACACGUUUGACAGAGUUGACCACGUGGCUGCAGGAUGUAAACUGUAAAGAGUGAUGGAUUAAGCUGCUGACUGUAUAUGUGCUAAUGUGCAUGUGCACACGGCGGUUGCUGUCAUGUCAUGCGGUGGUGGUAGGUUUUGGGCCGUUGCAAGUGCGCCGUGCUCUUCGCGUGGAGUGUUCCUUGUACAAAUGCAGUGUGGAUUUUUUGAGUGCUCAGAAUUGACCAAUAUGCAUACACACCUUUUCUCAGUGCUUGCUUAAUUUGCAGUUUUGCACAUCUUUCAUGUAUUUCUUUUUAUACUUUUAAGUGGGAUUGUCAGCUUGUCUGUAUAUAUUGUCAAACAAUCCAGCAUUUCAUCUCGACAAGUCGACGACAGGUUGAGUCAAUCAGGCCAAAAUGUCAAAGAAUCGACUGCAAAAAUUUGCUCA